UGAAAUAUCGAUCCUACUUUAAUAUGACAACCUGUUGUAUGGAUAGAGGAAUAAUCCUGUAUGUAGUUUUCUUUCUUGUGCAAAAUGGAAUUGGAGAGGAGUGCACACAGAUUAGAAAGAAUGGUCACUACUUGUGUGGAGGAAGGAAUCUCACCUACAUACCUACCAGUAUUCCUUCCUCUGUGGAGAUGUUGGACUUCAGUUUUAAUUUCUUGCCCACCUUGCAGAGGACUGUAUUCCCUCAGCUGUAUAAUCUGAAACUUCUAGAUCUCACAAGAUGUCAUAUCCAUCAUAUUACUGACGAUGCUUUCCACAAUGUGAAGAAUGUGACCACUCUAAUUCUCACUGGAAACCCUGUCUCAUAUACAGGACUUGAUGGAUUGAACUCAUUACAUAAACUACACAGAUUAGUUCUUGUGGACACUGGCCUGUCAUCUUUAAAUGUCCAGUUCAGCAAUCUCACCGAGCUUCGAGAACUAAACGUUGGGACUAACAACGUUCAGUCCGUGGCUCUUCCACCUUUCAUGAUAAACUUCAGGGACUUCAGUUCACUGGAUCUUCAUGCUAAUAACAUAUCCAUCUUAAGAGUAAAUGACACUAAUGUUCUUCGACAGAUGAAGGGAAAUAUCACAUUAAUCCUCUCACGGAACCCGAUAUUAUACAUAGAACCGGGAGCAUUUCAGAACCUUCACCUCAGAGAGCUGAACAUACGGAGUGCCUUCGUUUCACUCGAUGCACUAAGGGAUGGUCUGAAAGCACUUGUUGGUCUUAAUGUUGGCAAACUGAUCAUUGGAAACUACAGAGAGGGCAAUGUAGGGACACCUGAGGGCAUUUACCUUGAUGGUCUCUGUAUGAUCAAUUUCAAAGAGAUAGAAUUUCUCAGACUUGGUUGGUCAGCUUCUGACACCCAUUGUAUUGUCAAUGCAACAAAGAUUAAAAUUGAACGAGGCAUUAUAAGAACAAUAGAAAACAUUCCGUUUCAGCACAUUAAAGAGCUCUUUAUAGGUUACAACGAUGUACCCAUGAACCUGAAGCUUUCACAUCUACAUUCUUUAGAAAAACUUGUGGUUCUUGAGAAUAAGUACACAUUCUUUAAGGGUCUCAGUGACAUGCCCAAACUCCAGCAUGUAAAUCUGAGCGGAGGCAAAAUGAGUCUAUCGCGCUGCUGUUCAGAGUAUUUCAGAGGGAUGCCAAACCUUCGUAGCCUUAACCUGAGUGUAAAUAUAGACGUAACUUUGAACAAAGAUCCAUUUUCUGGACUUACCUCCUUGGAGGUUUUGGAUUUACACCUCACAAGGUUAAGUGGACUAACUGUGCAAUUUGAACUUUUUAAAAACCUCCCCUAUUUACAAUUUCUGGAUAUUUCAUAUUCAGAUGCUACUUUUAGGAGCACAAUGACAUUUGGUUAUCUAAGCAAACUAAAAGUACUAAAAAUGGCAGGCAUCAAUAUCCAAGGAGAUGCACUCACUUAUUUAUUCCAAAAUCUCACAUUUAUGGAAUUACUUGACAUCUCAGACUGUAAGAUUGAGAGUAUAGCCUGGAAAACAUUUAAUGGUCUCCCGAGACUAAAGCAUUUAGUUCUUAAUCAAAAUAGACUGAUGGUUUUGGAUUUCUUAACCCAUCCUAAUCUAAAAGGUUUAAGAGUAUUUGAAGUGCACACAAAUAACAUUGCUAGCAUUGCACUAAAUAUCCUACAAAAUCUGCCAAUGAAUCUCUCAGUUUUUGAUUUAUCAUUUAAUUCGAUUGAUUGUUCCUGUUCACAAAUUAAUUUUAUUUUGUGGAUCACUGGUCAUCAACGAUUAUUCCCCGAAUCAAAUGACAUUUUAUGUAAAAUAUCAUCACAAGAUCCUAAACUGAGGGUCAUUGACUUUGACUUUGAAGGUUGUAUACACAUCAGAAGACUUGCAAUUGUUUUGUCCAUAUGUGCUGCAGUUCUUCUUGUGUUUCUGUCAGUUUUGGCCUAUAGGUUCCAGUUUUACCUGCGGUACAGCUGUGUCCUGCUAAGAGGUUAUAGAGCCUCCAGGCAGCAAGAAUGUUCCUAUGAUGCUUUUGUGAUCUACUCCAGCAAAGAUGAAUCCUGGGUGAUGGAUGAACUGGUGGAAAAUCUGGAAAAUGGGAUCCCACCCAUCCAUCUGUGCCUCCACGUGCGGGACUUUGAAGCAGGCAAGGCCAUCACCUCCAACAUCAUAGACGAGGGCAUCAUGGGCAGUCGUAAAAUUAUAGUGGUCAUAUCUAAACACUUCAUUGAGAGCUCUUGGUGCCGAUUUGAGUUUGAGGUGGCUCAGUCCUGGUUAGUGAUGCAAGGCAAUGCCAACAUCAUCAUCAUUAUUCUGGAAGAUGUGGAGGAGGAGAAGACCAAGAAAGUGUUCGGACUCCAUAAGCACCUGAAAAAGAACACUUACCUGAAGUGGAGCGGGAAACCCAUCAGUAACAUGAGGUUCUGGAUUCGGCUCAGGAAGGCUGUUAUGAUGAGAAAUUGACGUGCACAUCUCAUUGUGUCAUUGUGUUAAUGAAUUGGUGACA